CGUUUCUAAAUCAGGCUGAAAGUUUCGUUUCUGUAAAAAAAGCCCUGCCCCUCAGAUGCCCUCUAUAAAACACCUGCCUGUGCUUGUUUUCUGACAGUGUGAACAAGAUGGAUUGGGGCACAGCCUUAACACUUACAGCUGGAGCAGUUGGUGGUGUUAUAGCAGCUCCAGCCAUAAUUGCAGGACUGGGUUUCACUGCUGGUGGCAUCGCUGCAGGAUCCGUCGCUGCGUCUUUGAUGUCUACUACGGCGGUCGCUGGAGGUGGAGGUGUAGCAGCAGGAACUGUUGUUGCUGUCCUGCAGUCUGCAGGGGCUGCUGGGUUGUCCGUCGCCGGCCAGGCUGCUGCGGCGGCUACAGGAGCGGCGGUGGCUGGUGCGGCUGAAUAUGUUGCCUCUGUGUUUCUUUAAAUGUCUUUACGCACCAUAUGAAUCAUGGUUUUAUUUAUUCAUUUUUUUCUGGAUACUUUAAAGCUUUUACUAGCUUUCAUCUACAUGAAGGAAAAAAGGAUAAGCGCAUAAGUAAUAAAGAAUAUAUAUAUAUAGAACUUAUGUAUGUAACUUCAAAUGAAUAGAGUUUAAUAAAUGAUAAACACAAAACAGGAACAUAAACAAAGGCGGGGCAGACACGUGACACGGAACAUAAACAAAGGCACAAAAGUCUGGGCUGAGUCCUGACAGUAUGUGUGUGUGUGUGUGUGUGUGUGUAUGUGUGUAUGUUAAUUGUUGUCUUUCACUGAGUUUUUAUCCUGUUUAAAUACAGUUUACUGUUGUUUAAUGAUACUA